GGAUGGAAGGGGGCGGGGCGGGCAGCGCUGCCUCCCCUGCCGCUGCCUCCGCCGGGCGAGGCGGGUCCCGGUGUCGGCGGUGUCUGAGGCGGAGAGAGGUUUGUCUGGAAAGGGCGCGGCGAUGGAGGAGCCCCUCUGCUGCUGCGAGUACGUGGAUCGGAGGGGCGAGAGGAACCACCUGGCGGCGUGCUGCUGCGACUGCGAGGACCUGGACGAGGGCUGCGAGAGGUGGCUGACGUCCAGAUCCCUGCCGCCGGGAUCUCUGGAAAGAAUCGCCGACACCGUGGCGGACCGUCUGCGGGUGCCUUGGUUCGCCGGGGCGGUGAAGGUCAAUGUCAGCCUCGUACCGCCGCUCGUCCUGCUCCCCGUCCUCCUUCACGUUGCCGCUCUGCACUUCCUGCUGGGGUUGGUCAUCUUGACGUCCCUACCCCUGGUCGUGCUGUGGUAUUACUACCUCACCCACAGGAGGAAGGAACGGACUCUCUUCUUCUUGAGCUUAGGGCUGUUCUCCCUGGGCUACAUGUACUACGUGUUCCUCCAGGAGGUGGUCCCCCGAGGCCACGUCGGGUAUUCCCAAGUGGUCGUUCUCACCUCUGGGUUGUUUCUCAUGCUUGCAGCUCUGUCUCGAGCCAAGAAAGACCCUGGCUACCUCCCCAUCCCGGCAAGCAGUGAGAAGCCAUUGCAACAGGGCUUGACCAACAGGAGCACUAGAGGGACCUCCAAUGGGCUCCAUGGCAUCACCACGUCGGGAGCUGCCAGCGGUCGUGCUGUGAACGGGGAGGCCAAAAGCUAUUCCAGGAUGUCAGCUGAGGAGCCAGAAGGUGUGAAAAAGGACUGGUGCAUUAAAUGCCAGCUGGUCAGACCAGCCCGAGCAGGGCACUGCCGGCUUUGUGGCAGGUGUGUAAGAAGACUGGACCAUCACUGUGUCUGGAUUAACAGCUGUGUAGGGGAGCAAAACCACCAAGCAUUCAUCCUUGCACUGUCCUUCUUCAUGGUCACCUCUGUGUAUGGGAUUACGCUGACCCUGCACACCAUCUGUAGAGGCCAAACUCCACUUGUGGCAUUGUUCUACUGCCCUGGGGCCUAUUCUGACUACAGCUCUGCUCUGUCGUUCACCUGUGUGUGGUACUGUACCAUUGUAACAGCUGGCAUGGGAUACAUCCUUCUGAUCCAGCUGUUGAACAUCAGCUACAACGUGACUGAGAGGGAAGCUCGGCUCGCUCUGCGGGACAACACUGGGCACAGACUUCUGGGUGGGUUAGUGAUAGACACUGGUCAAUAUAACAGGGGCUUCCUGUGCAACUGGGGACAUUUCUUGAGCUUGGGAUCAGCUCCUCCACAGCGCUCUGCUGAAGACAUUGUGUGACACCCCUCUUUCUGCAAGUGAUGUUCAGUGACUUUAUUUACCAAGGGAAGAGACCCUUGCACAAGCACUCCCUCCUCCCACACCCUUCCUUUGUGAUUGGUGUAUGGGCUUCCUAUCCCAUCACUGACAACAUCAGAGGCUUUCCCAAGCAGAAUGGUUCUUUGCGUGUUGUCAGCUAGCAAUAUGAUGAAGAAAGCAGUAAGCCAUAUGUACAGACCUGGAGAGAAGGAGUCUGCUGCCUUUUUCCACUGUAGGAAACUUUGUGAAGCUCAGCUCAGCAAGAAGAGCACAAAGUUUUGAGAACUUGAGUUUUCUUUAGGUGUGAACCCUGACAUCAAGAGGAACCCACUGCUGGAAGUCAGAAUUUGAACUCAUUACUGCAGAGGUUAAGGAAUACAUAGCUUGUACCUAUGAGUGGCACUUCAGAGAUGUCAGGAGGGUGAAAUUUUGAUAUGGAGACUAAAAUAGGCUGUCCAGACAGUCAUUGAGCAGCUCCUUCCUCUCUGCUGCAUUUUUUUUCCUGUAUCUUCUAUUUCAUUCAGCUGUAUAGAUGCUUGUAUCAAGUGCCUUUGUGAGCAACAUUCCUGUAUGGCUUUGUAAGUAAGAUCCCUUCACUUCUUGACUGCUAAUGUUGUUAUUCCAUCCCCAUCUGUCUCACUGGGUGGGAAGACUGUCAUCUUCAAUCUCAUCAUUCUUUCAGCAAGCUGGGACUGUGUUGGUUCACAGGCUUAGUUCAUCUCCCUCAGAGAAGGUGACUAUACCAGGUAAGAAGGACAUGUUACGAAGCAACACCUAACAGCGGGCUCUGGGAUGGAAGGAAGUGCUGUCCUAUGUUACUGUUGCUUUAUGGAAGUUGCCCUUCUUUUUGCCUCUGUGGGAGAGUAGACAAUACUAAGAGCGUUUUUGAUAGGUAGCAUCUUCGUUGGUUUUGUUGUUGAUAACAUAGUGAUCCUGUUUUCUCUCAACCCAGUCCCUGUGGUCCCUGUAGAUCUGUUCUCUGAAACCAGGAAUCCAAGGGACAGUUCAGUGUUUGUGUAUGUAGGGAGAUGGAGAGGAUGUGCUGGAGCUGGUUAAUUUUAGGGUAGAUGACCUACACUGUCAGGUGACUGAAUGUGUUAAAUGUGUUCUGGAAGAAUGCUGCAUGUUCCUCGGCAGUCCAGACUUGAGCCUCAGCUGAAAUCACAAGGAUUUGGUGGCAAUGGUUUCUAGGUUUUGUGGGUGGGUGGGUGUUUUUUGGUUUUUUUUGUUUUGUUUUUGAAUCCUUUGUGUAUGUUGUUAGCACUCCAGUAGGAGUAUGGAAAGUCUGGCUGGUAAAGCCUAGGACCUUGGUAUUAGAGUUACAAGUUGGUUUAAGAUGCAGAAGCAAAGGGAAGAGCCUUGUGCUAGCUACUGAUGUUUUUAGAUGUGUGUGUGGCAUGCUCAGAUUGUACCUACCCCUGACUUCAGCUGCAUGGCAGGCAGCUUGGGGGAUGUUGGGUGGAGUGAUGCAAAUUCACUGUGCAUUAUCUCUGAAGAAUGGAUGGAUGAUAGCAGGUUUGGGAGUGUCCCUUGAGAUCCCUGACACGUUUGGUGUGUGCACUUUUGAUUAUGUGUCCCAGUUUAAGACCGUGUCCUGUUUUGCACUGUUUGGUUUCCUCAAGUGGCACUCUCUAUAACGAGCAGAUAAUUGGGAAGCAGCUGCACUCAGAAUAUGGCUGCAGAAAGAGCUACGGACUUACUGAGAAUCCCUUAUUUCCUCAGCCCUUUUCAUCUAGUGAGCAGUCCUUUAUCAGGAGGUGACGGGGACACCUCUAACUGAAUAUGCUAAGAGUUUUCUGACCCCUUCUCUGUUUCUAAUGCUGAAUAAAAGCCACUCAGCUGGACUCUGCUGUGUCUCUGGCAGCCGAUUGUGACCUUCUGACUGUUUUGAGCUGGAGCCUGACCCUUGGAGUUUAAUUCAUGCAAAGACUUUGCCUCCACAUGAAUUGUCUGUAAAAACUGCUGUGGCACACAGGCUUUUUGUGGUGUCUGCUGAGAUGAAUUAAAGCUUGGCAAUGCCAGGGGCAGGGAAGUAGUCGAUUAGCAGGUUUGUGAUCUUCUGUAACAUCAUCUUUCUGGCACUUGGGAAGAUUAGGGUAGAAUGACCUCCCGGGCUAAAAAAACCCAAAGCAUCCCUGUAGUGGGGGCAGCCAGCUUCUCUAUCCCUAUGAAUUACAAGUGCAGAAAGUUUAAAAUUCUGCACCCAUGAGCUGAUUGGAGCUCUUGGAGCACUUACAGGUUUGAGAUAAGUGUUUUAUCAGUGUCUUGCUACUCUUGGCUGGGAGAAUGCAAAGCUGAUCAUAAAUCUAGCACUUUCUGACCCUGUUGUGCUUACUUUCCCCCACAGGUAGAUACUGGUUACUGCUUUGCAGCCUGUGUGUCAGUGUACCCUUGUCCCCUAGUGACCUCCUGGGUGGGAGAAUCCAUAUGAACUGUUUACACCAAGUCUCUCUCAGUGAUCUUCUCCCAGACAGUGUGGAUAUCAGAGUGUGGAUUAAGAAAAAGGGAUCUUGGACUGAUGUAACAGUUCCAUACAUUGGUCAAGCCCACUGCAAUAUAGUGGGGGGUAAAGUGCUAAAGUAAGUUUUAUUUUUGCACUCACUCCAGAGGGAAGUGGAGCCAUUCAGGACACUAAAAUGGUUGCAAGGCUGGGUUUUUGUAGGAAGAAAAUGCAGUAUUGGUUUUCUCAGUAAGUAGGAAGUUCAUGUGGCUGAAAUUUGCACAGCAAUACUGACUUUCUUUAGGGAUGUGGCUGCUUCUUUUUUUUUUACCAUCCUGUCUUCUUCCUGAGACGAUUUGCUUUGUGAAUGCCUUGGGAGAUGGAAAGCACAAAGUAUCAGGAUUCAUGUCUAUCUAAAAGGGUGGAAGAAUUUCAAGCUUCAGAAGCAUACUUUGGCACUCUACUUUUACUGCCCUUGAGUAUUGGCAAGAAGCCAUUUUUUUGCUGAGCUUGUUAUUGGACAUGAUGGUAGAAAUAUGUUGAAACCUAAGGAUGAAGAGUUGGUCCUUGGGCUCUCUGUGUUAGUAUAAACUGCCUAGACCCAUGGUCCCUGGGCAUUGGAGAAGUAGGAGCAGGCUGCAUUUCACAAGUCACCUGUGGGUCAUGUGGAUGUGACAUUGAGGCAAGGACAAGUGUCUCACUUGCAAAACUCUGUGCACAUACCUGGCCAUGCACAAAGGAGUACUUUUUUGGCCCUUGAAAGAUUAUCCUGGUGUAAGGAUGAGAGGACCUAGUGCUGGUCAACAGCAGGGAUGGAUUUUGGUAAUAAUCUAGCCUUGCUGUUUCUCCAUCCAGACUUGGAAAUGAGUUUAUCCUACUUUAACAAUAAACUUUUAAGAGGCAUUUGUUGUUUCACCAAUAGUAUGAGCUUGUGCAGAGCAGGGAAGCUCUUACCAGUUAUGGUAUUAAUACUCUCUGUGUCUAAAUACCAGCACCUUAUUGUUUGGUGACUAUACUAAGAACUUGAACCAUUAGAUACACCCUGUAAAUGAUGGCUUGGCACUUUUUAACUGUGUCUUCUUACAUUGUGCUUUUUUGUAGGCAAGUCACAGGGUCCUCACAUGGACUGUUUCUCCAUUUAGCUUGUCCUCAAAUGACAGAAGUCACUGGUGAGCCUGAGUUGAUGCUGCUUGUGACUCCUAAUCACAUUUCAGCCUUCAUGCUAUGAUGGUGCUUUUUUUUUUUUUUUCUUUAAAAUAGGUUGCUUUCAAGUGUCUUAAUGAAACCAUUUGCUGUAAAAUUUCUUCUGAAGAUAAAAUGGAUACUGCCUCAUUGCCUGAUGUCUUAAUAAUGUGCUUGUUUUUUUCCUUCUAUAUGAAUGUAUAUUGCCUUAUUAGGGCAGGAAGCGUGUGUGAUUAUGGAUGUGUUUUCCUGUAUUGCUUUCAGUAAAGAACUCUACAGUAAUUUCCUAGGAUUUUCUUCCUCUAUCAGGAUGUUUGUACAGUGAAAAUUGUUCUGCAGACAGGUGAGCAAGUUUCUGAAAUGUGGGAAAUUCAGCUCCCAAUAUCUCGUCUUUAUGGAACACUCUUAUAAUAAUACUGUGAAGAACAGUGGGCUCUGGAAGAACUGGGUAUCUUGGAGAGUGUGAUGUUUUGGUUGGUUUGAUUUUUCUACCCUAAGCUUUAGGAAGAAAUUCUGUGAAACAUUUUUAUGAGCUUUGAAAGGACUGGUGUGUUUGUGUUCAUGUGUGUGUGUCCAUUUUGCAUUGUAUUCAGUGUUUCCAAGUGAAUGCAAUUAAGAAUAAAAAUAAAUUACU